CGGGCAGACAGAUGCGUUAAAAGUAGAGCAGAUCUCAAAUGUCCAGAAAAUACGAUUAAAUUAAAUUUUCUCCAAAAUAUGUGCAUACAUUAUUAGUUGAAAGUGAAAUAAGUCGUUCAUAUUGUGCUUAAUCCAGGUGGUUUCGCAUUCCUCCAGAAGGGAAGGAUAUCAGUGUCGUUGUAACGUGCGGUAAGGAGCGAAGUUUGAAAAUGUCUCUCCGUUCAAACAAGCAGACCAAUCUCAUAGCUGAUGUGCUGGACUCAAGCAUGGAGGUUGCUGAAGCCAUUGAUAGCAGACCACCAUUAGCAGCUCUGUCUCCCUGCCAGCAGAACACUGAUGCUGGAGAUGUGGAUUUCUCCAAACUCACUCCUUCACAGUUUGGCAUAUCAUCAGACAGUUUCCUACCUUCCUCCAAGAUUAAAGAUAAGUCCAGAUUGGCUCAAUUAAAGGCAAGGAGGAGAUCCUCGAUUGGGGUCCGCGGAUCGCCAGAAACAAACUCUCUCAUCUGCUUCAGAGCCAAACAAGCAGCAAAAACUCCCCCACGAACACCACAGCUUUUGCAGGGAAGUCCAUUUCUUUCACGCUGUGACUCUCUGAAAAAGAAGAUGGCUGUUUUCCAGUGUCUGAUGGAGGAAGAGGAGGAGGAAGGGAAAGGUGAAUCAAGGAAGAAUGAGGAGAAUGAGAAUGUGGAAAGCACUUUGGCUAAAGAAUCUCAAAAUGGACAGGAGCACAUGCUCACCACGCAAAGCUCACCCUCUUCAAUAACACCUCCACCCUCCAAGAAACACUGUAGGGCCCCACCAGUGGGAUGUGAGGACAAGAUUACUGACUCGUCACUCCCCUACCCCACCCUCACAACGCAACAGGAGCAAGGGGAGUCUAAAAGUCUGGUUUCAGAUUCAAAGAUUGAGCUUCUGUCUUUACCCAUGUUGUCAAAACCGGAAAUUAAGGCAACAGAUGAAUUUGUGGUGGUCUCAAUAUGUAAGAAGAAGCGUGUUCGUUUUGGUGCACCACUCUCCCCAGAGUUCUUUGACAAAACCCUCCCUCCCAGCACCCCAUUGCAGAAAGGAGGCACCCCAAUGUGUCCACCGUCAUCUACAGGAAAGAAACGUUCUCUGCUGAAAACCCCUCAAAGAUACGAGCCCCCUCUCCCCCAACCUGACUUCAACAGUCCCCAGAACAAUGGAGCCUCCCCUGUCCUGGUUAUUGAUAGAUGUAAAACUGGACUUGUGUACAGCGAUGAUGUGUUUGAAGAGAUUGAAAAGAUCAGCUUUCCCAAUAUGGAUGAAGAGUCUCCCUCAAACAGACCUUCAGAGAGCUGCAAAGAUACACUCUGUGAUGAGGACUCCGGGCUUCCCCAGGCUGAAGACGCUGAAGUUAUGAAUGCUGCUUUUCAAGAGGAUGUACCAUCAGAUUCACAGACGGAGGAAAAACUGCCAUCCCAAACAGGCGAUCAGCCACUGGCUUUCUCCAUUUAUAAUGUCUCACUAGCUUCUCUAGCAGCAGAUGCUGAUCUGGAAUCUGAGUCUGUCGCCAGCACUGAACCAACUCGCUCACGCAGUAGGAAAAGAAAGCAACCAGGAGACAGUGAGCCGGAGAAAAGGAGAAGCACUCGUACAGCGGCCACAUCUGCUUCAGGAAAGAUGAAGAACUCCUCAGGGGUUAAAAGGCGAUUUGGCAAUAAGGACGUGGAUCGCUCUCUGUAUGGGAAAAGAGACUAUGCCUCUAAAAACCCUUUACUCAGUCCCAUUUUUGAGACUACGUCCACCAGUUUCAACAGCACACCAAUACAGGCCCAAGCAGGAAAACUAACAGAUGGCAAGCAAGACUGCAAUCAAAUGCCCACUGUUUCCCAUAGCAAGGCUGUUCAUCCUAUGGUAAGUCUGGAGAAUGCUGCUGCUGUAUCUGAAGGUACCCUGGCUAAUGAAAACGAGCAGAACAUGACUUGUUUGGAACCCUCAGCCAGCACUCAGGGUCCCACUUGUAGAAGAGACUCUGGUUUAAAGGUGCACAAAUCCAAACGCAACUCUGGGAGGCCCGCACACCAAUGGCGUAGAUCAGGUACAGUCAAGAGAAAUGGACUGAGCGGUCCAGCCAUUGACUCCACUACUGAAUCAGAAGUUGAAAUGGGCGAUCACAACAUGGAGAGCCAAGAGUCAAUUGUAGCUGCCAGUUUGGACCCUAUGAAACAAGACAAUCCUGAUGGAACAGCACUUCAUCAAGCUGAGCACUCUGAGAAAGAGGAGGCUGAGACUUUAGUAAGCUGUGACACACCAACCAUGAUACCAAAUGGAGACCAGGUAACCACUGAGAGGUCAGAGCAGAAGACGCCAAGACAUGGAUGCGUCCAAAAGACCCUGAAAAGUCCUUGUGUGAAGGUUGAUGUGGUAGAGGAAGUAGACAUGAAUGGUCAGUCAGAGAGAGUUGAUCAAACUGAGUCAUCAGAAAGUAAGACUGGACUCAUAGAGCCCGGAUUGGCCCCCUGGCAGCAGACUGACUUUAACAUUGACGACAUCCUGAAACCUGUGGCAAAGAGUCGAGGUUCAGUGCGACGCAGCCUGAGGAACCGUAGGAGCGUGGACCUCCAGGCUGUGGGCCUGGCUUGGGUGGACCAUACCUCCCCAGAGCUGAGUAAGGCAACUCGACGGAGGACACGUGGCAGACUCAGUGGAGUAUCAGAACCACUUGUUAUUCAGGCCUCUGAGGAGCCAACGCCAAAUCUGGGAGAGUAACUGACCUUGGUGAUCUGAAUGUGUCAUACCAAGGGAUAGUCUACACAACAAUGAAAAUUCUGUCAUUUACACACCCACAUGUUGUUCCAAACCCAUAACUUUCUUGUGUGGAACACGAAAGGAGAUGCUUGGCAAAAUGAACUGACAGCCUCAGUCACCGUUUACUUUCAUUGCAUCUUUUUUUAUAUACAACGAAAAGUGAAUGGUGACUGAGAUUUUCAGUUUAUUCUGCCUUUAUAUCUCCUUUUGUGUUCCAUAGAAGAAAGUCGGGUCACGAACAAUGUGUAGGUGAGAAAAUAAUGAUUGAAUUUGAAUUUUUGGGUGAACUGUCCCUUUAAAUUACUUUUAAAAUGAACUUUGUUAAAAUUAACUAUGUAAAUCUUAUGUAUUGCUUUAAAUUGUUGUUUUUUUUUUUUUAUUAUUAUUUUAAUCUUAAAGGGAUAGUUCACCCAAAAACAAAAAUUAUCAUAAUUUACUCACCCUCAUACCAUCCCAGGUGUGUAUGACUUUCUUCUGCAAAACACAAAUGAAGUUUUUGUAGAAGAGUAUCUUGGCAAGUGAAUGGUGACAAAUUUUAAAGCUCCAAAAACCACAUAAAAAAAACAUAAAAGUAAUCCAUAAUACUCCAGUGGUUAAAUCCAUAUUUUCAAAACGAUAUAAUAGUUGUAGGUGUGUGAGAACAAUAUUUAAGUCCUUUUUUACUCUAAAUCUCACCUUUGACCAGCCUCAGACAGGUGACUGAAUGUGAAAGUGAAAGUCACUAGAGGUAGACCGAUAUAUCGGUUUUGCCGAUAGUUGCGUUUCGGGACUAUUGUUAUCUGCAAAAAUCUAUGGCAAUAGUUGCCGAUUUCAAAAUAAGAGUACCCGGUGUGUUUCAGGCUUGUUUAUACUUGAAAGUCACGUGUUUUGCGCCAAAUCUUCAUUUUUUCAGGUUAUUUUGGGGAUUUUGGUUGAACAAUAAAUUGCAUCUGGGGUUUUAUUCAUUUAGGACUCUUCGUCUGUUCCUGUUAUAGUGAGGAAAGCAAAAGUUUUUUUUUUUUUUGACAUUCUAUAAAUCGAUUUUAAAAACUAUCAUCCGAUUAAUCGGUUAUCGGCCUUUCCCACCACCUUAGUUAUCGGUAUUGGCAAAAUCCACUAUCGGUCGACCUCUAAAAGUCACUUCUAUAUUCUGGUAUUGAAGUAACUUUCACAUUCAUCCACCUAGAAAAAAAGUGUAGAUUUACAGUUUAAAAAAAGAACUUUAAUAUUGAUCUGUUUCUCACCCACACCUAUCAUAUUGCUUCUGAAUAUAUAACUUUAACCACUGGAGUCUUAUGGAUUACUUUUAUGCUGCCUUUUGGGCCUUCAAAGUUCUGGUCACCAUUCACUUGCAUUGUGAGGACCAACAGAGCUGAAAUAUAUAUAUUUUUUUUUUUAUCUUUUUGUUCUGCAGAAAUAAAAGUCAUAUACAUCUCGGAUGACACGAGGGCAAGUAAAUGAUGAGAGAAUUUAAAUUUUUGGGUGAACUAUCUCUUUAAUGAUUGAAACCAACCUCUUAUUAAGAAGAUUUUGUAAUUGAUUAACUCUAGAUUAUUUCUGCUCUUUAAAUCUUCUUUGCUGAUGCUGUUGAUGUUGAGGUGAUUUUCCUGUGAUAAUCUCAUGUUGCUAUAUGUAAAUGACAAUGCUGAUUUGUUGGGACUAUAAUGGUCUUUUACUGUAAAUACCUGCUUUGCAAUUCAACAGCUCAAUACAAAUACUUGCAUUCAAAAGGUUAAAAACUUGUUUCCUAGUCGCAAUUUUUGAUUUGCACCUGUCUGUGAAAAAAUUUAGGCUACAAGUUAUGGAACUGCUUUAAAUAUUACAUGGGGAGUCAUAUUUCACUCCAAAAUCAAUAAUUUUUUUUUCCCAUUGUGGCAUUAUUUUCAUGACAAAUAAUUUUUUCCCCCUCAGAUGUCAAUUUCGUAUUACUGCAAUGCACCUCGAUGUUUUGUCAAUGAAAUAUAAUUAUUACUGUAAUACAAUAAUUCAGGUAUAAUUAGCAUACAUUAAAAGCAGCACAACAUAUACUACAAUAAUAGAUUCAAGUUUAAAUGAGUAUCUUUACCCCCCCCCCAUUACAUUCCAGUAAUGAGAAUUGGAUUUGUUCAUAUUAUGGUAAUGACAAUUGAUGGGGGAAAGUGCUGAAUUGUCGUGAAAGUAAUGCACAAAAAUGCUGCAAUAACUUAAAGGAAUAUUCCAGGUUCAAUGCAAGUUAAUUUCAGGUGACAGCAUUUGUGGCAUAAUGUUUAUUACCACAAAAAUGAAUUUUAACUCGUCCCUCUUUUUCUUAAAAAAAAAAAAAAAAAAGCAAAAAUCGAGGUUACAGUGAGGCACUUACAAUGGGAGUGCAUGGGACAAUUUUUACAGGGUUUAAAGGGAGAAUUGUGAAGCUUUUAAUGUUAUAAAAGCACCUAAAUUAAUUCUCUUAAAACUUGUGUAUUAUUUGAUCUGUUAAGUUAUUUAAAUUGUUUUUACGGUCAUUUUAGGGUUUAUGCAGUUACAUCGUCAUCGUAACUGUUGUACAAUUGGAUGUAACUUUACACAGAAAAGGUUAGUAAGCCAUUUUAUCACACUAAAGUCAUGUUAACAUACAUAUUGUGGCUAUACUUUUGAAAUAGUGAGUAUUUUAAUGUUUACGGAUUGGCCCCAUUGAUUUCCAAUGUAGGUGUCUCACUAUAACCCAGAUAUUUUUAUUUAUUUAUUUUUUAAAGAAAAGGAGGGACAAGAUUAAAUACAUUUUUGUGGUAAUCUACAUUAUUCCAAAAAUGCUGUCGAUUGAGUUUAACAUUUAUUGAGCCUGGAAUAUUCCUUUAAUGGUCUUAAAAAAAUAGGUUGCAUUUUCUUUAAGCAAUAUAUAGUUUCUUAUUUCUCUUUUGUAUUGAUUAUCGGUGCAAUAAUGUACCUGACAUGUUGUUGACAGCCAGGUUACUUAGAAACAAAGUACUCUCUUUGUAAUGUUCUUUAUAAACUCUGAUAUUCAGACAUCUGUGGGUGGCAUCAAAAAUUCAUCGAUUCAAGGAUCCAAGUUCAGUUGCAUGCUGUCAUUACUCAAACGGAUUAGAACGGGAGCAACACUCCAACAAAUAUUUUGAAACAUAAAUCUAAUUCACAAAGUGAGGUUUAAACAAGGGCUGUUCUGACAGUUUGUUAAUUCCAUCUUAAUUGUACUGUUUUUAAAGCCAGUGGGAAAUUCAGAGGGAAAUGUAUCUUUAUGGAUAAAACGUAUAGGGCUUCAUUAGAAUUAUUUAUUUACAACAGUUAUAUUUACUAUACAGUGUCAUAGGAUCCCACAUAAUGGGAUAAUUCACAAAAAUGUCAAUACUUUUAAACAACCUGGAAAUAAUCACUGUAGCAUCUAAACCUGUCUUGAAUCAGUUCUGUUAAGUUUAUUAUAUAUUGCUUGAAUCAGUCUUAUAGCAAUGCUGCUCUAGUGUAGCUAUGGGAGGAAUACUCCGCAACAGCAUUUAAAUAUUUAUGUUUUUGGAUUUAUAAGUCCUGUAGUCAGACUCCCAUUUCACUUUCAUUGAUCCAAAAGGACGUGGACAUACAUCUGUGCCAUAUAUAUGAUUGAUCACUAUAAUGCACAUUUUGUUUCUCCCAAUGCUGCUACAUUUUUUCUGUUAUUUAGUUGGAAGCAUAUGAAAAGUCAUUAAAUAUUAUGUCUGGUUAGCUAGUAAUAGAAUACUGCCAUCCUGUGGAGGUAGUACGUAGCAGCCGACCACAUGCUUGGAUGGGCCGUUCACACUUUCCCUUUUCAUUGUUUGUCUAGAAGACAAAACGACAAAACUGUUUGUGAGAAUUCAUACCAUGUUCACAUAAGUGUGGCUGUAAUUUCACACAGAUAGCUGUAAGUACUUUUCCCAGAGUUUGGAAUAGCAAGAACUCGCUUUGCGCAACUUUAUGAUGUCUGCACCAUGAGAUUGAUUUGUUAUUUACUCUUUCACCUGCCUGCUGACUAAAAUCAGUUAAUUGAUACUGAUUAUACAAUAAUGUAUUUAUUUAUGGACUCACUUUGACCUGUGGUGUUAACAUGCUCCCCUGAUUGCAUAGCAUUAACCACUCAUGGUGAUAUUUAUGUUGUUUAUGUGCCACUGUUGGGGUUAAAAUGAUAGUGCUAAGUGUUUUUCUGUGGAGUGUGAAGGAGGGAAACCCCUCUCCCCCAUCCAGCAGGCUCAGUGAAGGCAGCUUAGCACCAGAACAAUGGGGUCCUUUGACCAGAUUGAGGCCCUUAAGACAUGUGGCCUCUUGUCACCGUGGCAACCCCAGCCCCCCCUUCAGUGAGACAACACACAAGCUGACAACUGGAGAGAGACUAACAAAAAUGGAGUCCCUCUCUUUAAGCUUCACUGUUCUCCACUUUGUUCUGCCCCAUUAUUUCUUGCCUACGCCCGUGCUAAGUGCCUGUCACAGUCUUCCUUUAUUUGUUAAUAAUGCAUAAUUUUCUGAUCCCUUAUCACUUACACUCUAUUCCAUCUAAUGUGAUGCCUUAACUAGAUCCUUAACAGAAAGACUAAUGCAAAAUUGAUGGUGAGUGUCUUAUAUCAUGGUUAGAUUAAAGUGAUCUGAGGUCAGAUGUUUCGUGCUGAAAGGACCUGGGCUAGCAAGCUUUUUUGUUUUCCAAGUGUCAUCUGCUGCGUUGUUGAAUUAUUCAAAAUCUGUAAAGUCUGUUUCAAUGCAGCUACCAAACUGUCACUUUCAUUUGAUAAAGUUUUGAUUUGGCUUAAGUUUUAGGCGAGUUUUCAGAGCAUUUGAAGAAAUGGAAUCUUUUCAUUUUUGCUUUGGCAGUAAGAUCUACAGUGAAGAUCAUUUGACUUGUACUUUGACUUCGUUCGAAACAAACUGCACUCUAGCUAAGCUAGCUCGAUUUCACACAGCAUCAUUACACCAUGCAAGUAUGCACUGCAUUGUCAUUAGGGGCACUAUCCACCUUUUUUUCUGAACGCAGAAGAUUCAUACUAGGAGCCUGUUUCUGUUUGCUGGUCUCCAAUGUUUUGUUCUUAAAGGAUAAUUUGAUGUUCAUCGAAUAGAAUGUGUAUAAUCGCCAAAAAAGGCAUGUGGCUCCAUAGUGCCGAUACUUGCAGAGUCCCAAUAACCUUCUCGUGACUGCCUCACCUGACAAAGUUUAAGGAGAAGGUAGAUGAUAUGAAGCUAUGGCCUGUGGUUAGUUACGUUAAUAUCAUUAGCUAGAUAAAGUUAUGUCAGCCAACAACUGUACAAGUUGAGCCUGAACUAAUUUUUACUUCAACUAACACUUCAAAUGGUUGUUGUUGUCCAUCUUGAUUCCUCAUUCCAGUAAUGUUUACAUUUGCUUCUUAUAAAGAGACCGGAACCAGAAAACAGUCCAGUGGAAAUCAAAGUCGCUGUGAUAACUGUGGAUAGCGUGUGUCCUUCUUCAGAUGCCAAUCAUUGGCAUCUGCAUUUUCUUUGGUAAUGUUUCUGGCCUGUUUUUAUCGAACACUCUGGGAGCAAUAUAGGGUUAAAUGUCUUGCUCAGGGAAGCAGUGGAAACAAGACAAGAUACAUCUCAGUUACUCACCUACUGAUUGAGCACACUAGUUUGGAAGGAACUUGCAAAGUUUGUGUUUGCAGCACAGACCCCUGAUCAUUAGUUUUCCUGCUGCCUAAAGGAUACAAACAGCAGGGCUGCCAGUCUGUGCUCUGUUUAUCUCUUUGAAAUGUGCUCUUUAUGUCAAAUUAUAUUCCUUGACCUGUGAGCGAGCACCUGAGACAUGACUGGGAGGGUGUGUUCAUCUCAUCUCCAUUGAGACAGACUUCUGUAAAAGGAUGUGGAACUCAUACCUGCUGCUCCAUUAUUAAUGAAUUGUUGAGUCCUCGGCACACUUUCUGUCUGGUACAGAGAUGACAAUGUAAGAACUGUGCAAGCUACACAGCUGCUGCAGACUAUGUCUCCAUAUGAGUGGUUCUGUUUGUUGGUGCAGUAUUAGUGCCUGUUGCCUACAGUUUUUUUUUUUUUUUUUUUUUUUUGGGAAAGGAUUUUGCCACUUUAUAGAUACAGUAGAGAGAGGAAAUUUAUGGAUGACAGAGAGGAGGAUGGAGGAUUGAGACUGUCACAGACAGUGUUGGAGGUAACGCAUUACAUGCAUUAGUGCAUGCUGUAGCCAAAUUACUUGUUUAAAACAAAUACAGUAAGGGUUUACUUGAAUGUACAUUUACAAAACAAAGAAAAUGGCCGAAGUGCUGUUGAAAUGUCUAAAUGUCAACUAAGAGGCUCUAAAUGCAAGUUGAUUUUUUUUUAGUUGUAAAUGAUGUAAUACAGUCAUCAGGAAUCCAUAUUUUAUUAAUUCCACUUCCAAACCCCAACCCUAAACCUAACUGUCAGUGAAGUAAAAAAUGUAAACUCUGAAUUAGGGUUUCAUGGUUUACCAGUACUAACGAAGUAUCGCAAUACCAAAAAAAAUAAAUAAAUAACUUGAUUGAACUAACCCGUCAAAAACUGGAAAAACUCAAAGGUCUGUCAAAAUAAGUCACGCUAAAAUAAAAGCUCUAUUCAACUGGAUGUGCAAAAUUGACAAAAGACAGAAAAAUAUAACUACUGUAUAAAAAUUUUAUAUUCAAAAGUAGCAAUAAUACUC